UUGCUUUACUUCCUCAGUUUAUCUGCUAAGUUUGAGCCAUGUGGAACGUGUGGGGGCGUCUGGUGUUUUGCCUCGACUUCCAGCGCCCCAGAUCACUAUCAAACCCUUGGUAUAGGGCGUUCGGCAACUGCUGCUCAAAUAAAGUCAGCUUUUUAUGAACUUUCAAAAAAAUACCAUCCUGAUUGUCACUCGGGCGAAAAAGAAAAGACAGCUGCAGCGGAGAAAUUCCAAGAAGUAGUGCGAGCUUACGAAGUUCUUCGGUCUAAAGACAAAAAACGCGAAUAUGACGCAACACUAAUCCAACGUCCAGUUGGCGCUAAAGGAUUAAAUAAAACCAGAACUAAAUACCGUGGUUUUGCAGGCAAAUCUUAUUUGGACCUUGAUGUAGAUUACAAAACAUUCGAGCAUUUUCAGAGGAGUAUGCGCCGUAAUUAUUGUGAAAUGCCUGAUGAGUUCUACGCUGAGUUUGGAGGCCGCCAGUUUACUUCUGAUUAUAAAGGUCGCUGGUCAAAGCAUACAGUCAAAUCAAAUUUCAGUGUACAACGCGAGUCUGAGGAAAGACGAAUUUGGAAAGAAACAGAAGAGCUUAAAAAGAAAACUAGUCACCUCCCACGCUUUGAAGACUACAAAACCAGCAUUAAGGCAUUUUUUGCGAUGCUCGUCGUCUCGGUGAUUGCACUAGCCCUGCAGAGGCCUUAA